AUGGUCAUUGAUGAAGUCUCACCCUACAAUGGCAUUCUAGGCAGACCAUGGAUCAGCAAGAUCAACGCCAUCACCUCCGCCACGCAUCAGAAGAUUCGCUACCCAAUUCCUUGGGGUGGGAUCAGCCAAAUCAACAGCGAUCAGGCAAUGGCGAGGAAAUGCUCAGCUCAAGGGCUGAAGAAAUGCAAGCAAACACAAUUCCUCCCUGUGAAUCAAGCAGAUCUAAAGGGAGUAGAACAAGCAGAUGAGAAAGCAAAUCCCCAAUCAAAGAAUCAGGACCAAGUCGAGGGAAUCCGUCCGGAGGUCUAUCCUGAAGAAGGAUGGAAGCCCGAGGAGGACGUUGAGCUGGUACCCCUUGAUCCUAACAAGCCAGAGAGAACAUCGCGGAUCGGCUCGCGCCUAAGCCAAGAGGAAAAGGCAGAGCUUGUAGCCUUCCUCCAGAACAACAAAGACGUAUUUGCAUGGUCACCAUCUGACAUGCCUGGCAUCGAUCCCCAUAUCAUCUGCCAUCGCCUACACGUCAACCCAGCCAUCAAGCCUGUAGCGCAGAAGAGACGCAACUUCACCCCCGAGCGAGUCGCCAUCAUUGAAGCCGAGAUCGAGAAGCUUCUAGCUGCCGGUUUCAUUGAAGAAGUCUCAUACGCAGAAUGGCUGGCGAACGUUGUUCUAGUAGUAAAGAAAGAUAAAGGCAUGUGGAGAGUGUGUGUCGACUAUACUGACCUCAACAAGGCAUGUCCUAAAGAUAACUUUCCACUGCUGAGAAUUGACCAGCUCGUCGAUUCAACUUCCGGCAAUCAUGAUGCAUGA